AUGACUUCCCACCCUCCGAGUGCUUGUUGCUAUGCUGGCAUCAAACAUGAAGGCACCGCGACUGGAGAAAUGGUCGAAAUCGGGGGGUUCGAGGCCUACGUGAAAUACCCACAGGACAAUUCGACGAAACACGGAAUCCUUCUGUUGUCAGAUGUAAUGGGCCAUCGCGCCAUCAACUCCCAGUUGAUAGCGGAUCAGUUCGCGGCCAAUGGCUACUUCGUCCUGAUGCCCGACCUUUUCUAUGGCGAUGCGAUUGACCUGAACCGAAUCGGUGACUUGGACUUUGUGAAAUGGUUCAGCGGUGGAUACAGCCAACGCGGCAUUGGCCAUUUCCCGUCAACCAUUGACCCGAUUGUUGAGCGCUGUCUUUCGGAAAUGCGAACCAAGUACAAAUGUCAAAAAAUCGGUGCCGCUGGUUACUGCUUCGGUGCAAAGUAUGUUAUACGACACUUGCGCUCCGGUCAGGGAGUCAUUGACGUGGGCUACCUGGCACAUCCAACCCAAGUGGAAAAGGACGAACUUCAGGCCAUCACAGGCGCCUUAGCAAUCGCAGCAGCAGAAGAGGACGCUCAGUUCCCUCCAGAGAAAAGGCAUGAGUCGGAGGACAUCCUGAAAUCGAUCGGGGUCCCGUAUCAGAUCAAUCUUUACAGCGGUGUUUCACAUGGAUUUGCUGUCAGAGGCGAUCCAAAAGUACGCGCCCAGCUUUAUGCAAAGGAGAAUGCUUUCUUGCAGGCGAUUCAGUGGUUUGAGCACUACGUGAAGCCCUGA